GCUUACUGUCAUCUCUGCGGUGUGAGCUUCAACAUAAUCUUCGGCUCAAUCUCAGGAGAGCUGGACCCCGAUGAUCGAGACCAAACAACCUUACAAAGGGACAACCCAGCCGUCGACACGACAGACGUGGCCUGCUCUAUGGACUAUGAAGAAACUGAUCACGAUGUCGAAUACAGGCCCCAAGAAAGUGAGGAUAGUGAGGCAUAUGAAUAUGGCUCCGACAUUUCAACCGACGCCAGCAGUGACGAAGAGACGCCCGAAAACGAAGAGAGCCUUGAUAUAACGGACACUGAGAUUCAGCAGUAUAACGACUGGGCAGUGAGAACUUUCAACCCAAAUUGCAGAGAGCCCGAGGAACAUGUUGGAUAUUUUGAUGCUGGGGAAUCCGCAUAUUCGACCAAUAUAAUCUCUCCCGAAGAGGCAAGAGGCUGCCGCACAGCCCAGUUCUUGCUCCAUAAAAGCAGUGUGUGGCAGCCCGACGAGCUACAUGAGCCCUGGGAAAUUAACGGAGACUGGGCACUCUCCGGGAUAUGUGAUGGAAUGCCAUCGCGCGAUUGGGAGAUUCCAACGGUGUGGCCUGCGCGAGGUGGAAUAGAGGAGCUAGAAGCGGACAAUGACAAUUACUAUCCACACUUGGCUCCCAACGAUAUAGCAAUGCCGUUGCAUCCAUGGUGCUUCGAUAUUUUCUGCCGGCAAUCUAAAGUCCAGUUCAGACGAGUUGAGGCGUCAGGACUCAUGAACUGGCGCAAUUCCGAACUUGAUCAAGAGGCCUUUUACCGGUUUCCUCGGGCGAAAGAGGUCAAGAGGGCACAGAACCAAUUCUGGCGCCAUGAACCUGGCAGUGAGUAUCUGGCUGCCAGUCCUCUUUAUGUGCCCGGACUCUCAGAACUUCUUUUGUCCGCGGUAAAUGGCGAGAUAAGUUGUGAGCGAUCUGGCCGAUUUAAAAAGGUUGCAUUGUCGCAAUCUACCAAAGCUCGGCAUAGAUCAUCCCAGCAUCAGCGGGCCGAUAUCUUCUCAUCAAUGCCCGUGGAAAUUCGCCUCAUGAUAAUCGGAUUCCUAGGAUCAAUUGAUAUCUCCAGCUUAAGGGCUGCUUCUAGGACAUUCACACAUCUUCCCAACAGUGUGUGGUACCGACUAAUACGUGAAGAGAUGCCUUGGCUGUGGGAAGCAUGGGAUGAAUCCGAAUGCAAACAUAUUCCUCAGAUCUGGACAACAGUGUCUACAGCCCAGGUCAAAUCUAUUUUGAAAUCACGGAAGCGCGUGUCUGAAGUCUUGAGUGUGGACUACAUGGGACACAAGGAUGCCGAGAAGGCUGCUGAACACUGGUUCCCUAUGCCGUGCGAAAUACCAGACCAGGUAAAUUUGCCCAGACUAAGAACGGACUGGCACUUCGUCUUCACGCAGAUCAAGCAUAAUUUAAACAGGCUAAAGGGCUUGCGGAAUCGACAGCGGAUCUGGGCAGAUGUGGAGGAGAUUAUUCGACGUAUUGAAAAUCUUGAAAUGGCUUCUGAUGCGCCAUAG